AGGAAGAGAGAGAUUUGCGCUUCAUCCUGCGGACGGAUGUUCUUCUCGUGCUACAGCGCCUUCCUGUAGUUUGAGCAAAGCCCCAACCGUGUUUUAUUUGCCAGAAGACAAGCUGUAAUGGCGUCGUCCGUGCCCGUGAAGAUAGGGAUCAUCGGCGGCUCAGGUCUGGAUGAUCCAGAUAUCCUGGAGGGAAGAACAGAGCGUUACGUUGACACGCCGUAUGGAAAGCCAUCCGAUGCUUUGAUACUGGGGAAGAUCAAAAACGUGGAGUGCGUGCUCCUUGCAAGACAUGGGAGACAGCACACCAUAAUGCCGUCGAAUGUGAACUUCCGGGCCAACAUCUGGGCUCUGAGAGAAGAAGGCUGCACUCACCUGGUGGCGACCACGGCCUGCGGCUCCCUGAGGGAAGAGAUCCAGCCCGGAGACAUCGUCAUCAUCGAUCAGUUCAUUGACAGGACCACCAAGAGGCAUCAGACGCUGUACGACGGGCAGCCCACCAGUCCGCCGGGCGUCUCCCACAUCCCCAUGGCCGAGCCGUUUUGCAACAAAACCAGAGAGCUCCUGGUGGAGGUGGCGCGGAGCCUGGGCGUCAAGUGCCACGUGCGCGGCACCAUGCUGACCAUCGAAGGACCCCGCUUCUCCUCGCGGGCCGAGAGCCUGAUGUUCAGGCAGUGGGGCGCCGACGUCAUCAACAUGACCACCGUGCCGGAGGUGGUCCUCGCCAAGGAGGCGGGCCUGUGCUACGCCAGCAUCGCCAUGGCGACCGACUACGACUGCUGGAAGGAGCACGAGGAGGUGGUCUGCGUGGAUAACGUCCUGAAGACGAUGAAGGAGAACGCGAACAAAGCCAGCAGCAUCCUGCUGACUGCCAUACCGCAGAUCAGUCAGAUGGACUGGACUCAGACCACCAAGAACCUGAAAUCCAUGGCGCAGUCUUCCAUAAUGCUACCAAAGCACUGAGAGGCGAAGGAAAAACACCACGUGCACGCGUACACCCCACCACAGACGACGGACCCUAUCUCUGCCUGUGGAUUCAUCGUCGGUGAAUCACGAGAAAAAGUGCCUCGCGGGGGGGGGAAAAUUGCACCGCAGUUUGUUUAGCUGGAGUCUGAGGGCUCCUCGAUUCAAAAUGCACCUGGAAGCACCGCUGAGUCACAGGUCUCUCCUUUUCACCUUUUUGCUAACUGCAUUUUCCAAAAAGUCUAGAAAUUAUACUUGAUAUAUUACAGACUCUCUUUUUUUUUGUAUUUUAUAAACCGUUAAACUUUCUAUAUGUCCUGCCUUUCAAUAUUCAGUGUUAGCUUUAGGUCAUAUAGGUCGAAAGACGAGCUGCAAGUUCAGCAUAUGCAUACAGUAUAUUACAGCAAAGUCUUUAUCACAAUGCGCAGGUGAAAGUUUGAUUUGUAGAACUCCUAAUGCCAGCAUACAAGUCUUAAUACUUGGGAUAUUUUUCUGCUUUUGGAAAUUAUAAUCAUCUUUACUUUUAUCAGUUAUUUUCCAUGCAAUUGACAAUAGAACCUGUGCUCUUUAUGCGCUAAAACAGAAGAGGUAUUCGGGACCUCCUUAGUUUGUGUAAGAUGAUUGUUUAUCAUCGUGUAUUAAAACUGUAUGUUUAUCUUGCACUCAUGCACGAAUACAUGUAAACCGGCUAAUUUGUUUUCUAUUUUUGGAAUCUCUGGCCUUGUAUUUUCUUGGGACUUUGUGUUGCUUAAUGCCCUUUGAGUUUCUUGCAUUUCCUCUCUUUUUCGGAGUGAAUUGUAAAUGCUUCCUGCAUGAGCAACUAUCUGAAUAAAAUAUAAAACGAAACCUUGAAA